AUUUUAACUCAUCUAGAUUUGAAAAUCACCAACUCUUCUCCCUCAUUCCUCUCUUUCUUCUAUUUAACUCUCUCUAAAACAAACUUCAAAACCUCUUCAACUUUUCUCAACUUCUUCUUCUUUAGAAUCACAACACACUUUUCAUGAUGGCUCAGAAGCACUUACAUGAACUACUUCAAGAAGAUCAAGAGCCAUUUCUUCUAAACAACUACAUUUCAGAUAGACUUACCCAACUCAAAAGAUUUGCACCAAACAACACUUUACAAUUGAAGAAACAUGAACAUAAACCAACAACAAACGUUAACUUUUGCAAACACGCUUGUUUUUUCUCAUUCCAAAACACACCGGAUAUAAGAAACUCACCGCUCAAAAGCCCGGUCAGAUCCUCUAAUGAUCUCUUCCUCCAAAUCCCAGCCAAAACGGCGUCGCUUUUACUCGACGCCGCUCUCAAAAUCCACAACAAGAAACCCCAUAGCAAAAACAAAAACAAAUCUUUCGGGGUUUUCGGUUCAUUUUUCAAGAAACUAACACAACGAAGCAGAACCAAAACUGAAGGUGAUGUUUCCGUGAAGGAUAUUUUGAGGUGGGAUUCAAGAAAUAGGAAAUCUUUCAACAAAGGUGGCACUGAGGUGUGUUCGUGUGAGGUGGGGUUCACGUGUUCUUGCAAUGGAAGACAUAGCAGUAGCGCCGUAUGGUCUGAGAGCAACGAAGCAGAAACUUCGAGCAGUGGCCAUUCACAUUCUUGUGACUCUGUGGAAGACGUUGAGUUUGUGAUGAUGAACACCAAGAAACAAAAUGUAGCAGAUUGCGGUUGCUUUGAUCAGCAUGGGUUUUUCUGCGAAAGUCCUUUCCGUUUCAUUCUUGAAAAGAGCCCUUCCACUUCCGGCCGUCGUACGCCGGAGUUUUCCUCGCCGGUGGAGUCACCUAGCCGCCACCAACCAGAGGACAAACAAAAUAAUGGAGUUGAUGAUGUUAAGAAAUUCGAAUCAGGAGAAGAUGAAGAAGAGAAAGAACAAUGUAGUCCAGUAUCUGUUUUAGAUACUCCUUUUGAAGAUUAUCAUGAUGAUGAUUGCCAUGAAAAUGACAAUGAAGAAGAUGAUUUUGAUUUGGAUGGUAGCUACGCCAAUGUACAAAGGACCAAGCAACAACUAUUAGACCGGCUUCGAAGAUUUGAGCAACUUGCGGAGUUAGAUCCACUAGAACUUGAAAAAAGAAUGCAAGAAGACAAUGAGGAAACAUUUUUCGAAGAGGAUGAUGAUGAAGAAGAUUGUGAAGAAAAGAGUCUUAGAGAAAUGGUUUGUGAAAUACUCUGCCAUUCAAGUGAUCAUGAAAGAUGGCAAGAGCAAGAAGCUCUUAAGAGACUUGUUUAUGAUCUCAUUAAGGAGGAACUUAAUUACUCACAAGAUAUGAACAAUGUAGUGAAAAGGGUAUGCAAGAAGAUGGAUUUGUGGAAAGAAGUGGAAUGUAACACUAUUGAUAUGAUGAUAGAGGAAGAUUUCUCUAGAGAGAAAAUUGGGUGGAAGAAAAAUGAUGAGGUGACAAAAGAGUUGGCUAGAGAGGUUGAGGUUGCUAUCUUUUGUUUUCUUGUUGAUGAAUUUUCAGAGGAAUUAGUAUGUUAAUUAAUGUGGGUAAAUUUUGAUGCAGUUGAGGUACCUAAUUAGUAUGAAUGAUUAUCUUUAUUCUUUUAUUAGCAAGACUUCAACCUUUAAUUAAAAAUAGACUAGUUAGUAAAGAAAAAGAGAGAAAAAAAAAAUAAUAAUUUGGGCUUGAGAGGAAGCAAUGAUAUGUAAAUCACAUUUCUUAAUUAAACUAUGUUUGAAGACAAAUUUAGAUUUAUACUUGCGAUUCUAGUUCCUACUAUUAAACAUGAAACCCUUGCACAUUUGUAAAUGUCAAUAAUGGACUUAGAUCAUCUCCUUGUUAAGGACUUAGAUCC